GCUGGGAUACCCCAAACUACGUUGCGCUAACUUCAUUCAAACUCGAAGGUCCUACGAUAUCUAUCCACAACAUUCGAAAACUGACUGUGUUACAACUGAACAAAGCAUAAAAUCACUUAUUACAUAACAUUGACCAAAACAGCACACCAGGUUUUAGUUCAGGUUAAAUAUCGGCAAAUUAAAUUCUACUUUUUGCGUAUUGUCAUAGAGUUGGUUUUCGCUUGUGCUUGUUGUCAGGGUUGGGUUGAUACAAUACGGAUCCAAGAAGUUUGUGCAAUUGUUAUGUUGUUAUUAUAUAAGGUUGUCUGAGGCUAGGUUGCUCACUCCGGCUUGCAUACUACAGUGCAUCGAACGUGGACUAUAUUUUACUGUUUUUAGAUCAAUAGUCUCCUAAAAUGCGUUCAAGCUGGUGGACGGUGGUGGUGUUAGCCACUCUUGCGUUGCGAUCGCAAGCCGAUGGGGGGUUUAGGCUGCCCGAUCAGCCGCCCAAAGAAGAAAGGGAGGAGGGGAGGUCAUUACAUUUUAAUGGAGGCCAAGGCAGAUCGCCUGAAGCCCAAGGCCGAGGGUUCCUGGACUGGCUAGGCUUCGGCGAAGACCAGGACCCUUACAUCCAACAGGCGACGCAGCAGUGCGUCAACGGGGACCUUGGGGACUGCUUCAAGGCGCAGGCACUACGCUCCUUUGAUGAUUUCUUCGACAGGCCUGCUUACCAGCUAUCAGAAAACGCUGUUCUGGUGAAGGUGGAGUCCCAAGCCAGAGCCCUGGCGGGAGAACCCCCACAGCUAAGCUCCCAGCCGCGCAGUGAGGACUCCGACUGGGACGCCUCGGUCAAGUUCGGGAUGAGGAAGAUUGAAAGGUUCUUGAGGUCUACAGCCCUGGAAAUGAACCUGGAUGAUGACGUCACGUCUAAUGGUGUCAUCGCACCGAGGUUCCUCGACGAGAUCGCAGAUGAAGUCGACGUUAUUGAGGAUAAGAAGGCACCGCCUUUCCGUCGUCAUAAGCUGAAGAAGCUCAUCAUCCCCAUGCUGCUGAUCCUCAAGCUGUUCAAGCUGAAGCUGCUUCUGUUCCUGCCGCUCAUCCUGGGUCUCGCCAGCUUCAAGAAGUUCCUUGGGUUCAUGGCCCUAAUCAUUCCAGGCGUGAUCGGCUAUUUCAAGUUCUGCAAGCCCAAUAGCUCUCCUUUCUCCAGCGGCCACUACACCGGACCUCAAUAUUCCCCUGCUGGCAUAGGCCUGGGACAGGGACCAUACAGGGAAGGCAGCUACGACCACUAUGAGUACCCGACGGGCCACAAAUACGGCGGGGGCGGCUACGGAUCCGGCGGCGUCGCGUUCAGAGACCAUGAGUCCCAGGCGCAGAGCCUCGCCUACAACGGUUGGGAGUACAGGAACAAAAAGGGGGGAGAGGACAUCAAGGCUGAACAAGCAUAAGACUGAUAACUUACACACAAGAGAUUGAGAACCGCAUAAAUGACUAAGGUCCUUUUCAGACUUUCCAGUAAGGAACGGUGUGACUUAAGCAGUUAUAGUCAGAGUUAUUAGAUCUAUCUUUUCUGCCACCUUGCUGUUAAGAGCGACAGGAAAACAAUAUUUAUACUUUUUCUGGCCAUCUUAGGAGAAUGUGGACAAGGAUAUAGGAAUGUUUCAAGUAAUAACCCUUAAUAUGCGCCUGCGCUCCGCUUUAAUUAGAAAGGAAUGCUGUAUGAUUCAACUACAUCAUCCACUAGGACAAGUCAGAAAAGGAUUUGAGCAUGCACAUUUUUGUCAGAAAACCACAGAGUUAUAAAAUGACGUUACAUUUGUGCCAUCGCAUAAAAUAAAAUUUACAUCCAGAAACUACAGAAUUUAAAAAGCCUGAUACCAUCGCAAUGUCAUUAUUCCUUUACAAAGACCAAAAUAUUAAUGAAAAAGUCUAACAUCACAAGUGAAGAUACCUACAAUGAAAGAAAACAGGUACCUACAAUUUAAUAUUUUUUUCUAUUUAUAUAGAAAAUACCUACAUACUUUUCAUUUGUGUGUUUAGGUACAUUCGUGGUACAAUAUGAAACAAUUGAGUUCAUUUCUUACAUUUGGUGGAACAUGGCAACAAGAGAAGAGAUUACUUGAUUGUGAUUGAAAAUUGACGGUACAAGAUUUUGAGAAUAAAAUCACCAAUUUAGCUCACUUGUAUCAUAAUGUAAACAUCCUAUAAACAUCCUAAAACACGCUGAUAAAUAUCAGCUAAAAUGUUAAGUGCUAUGUACUAUUAAAUUAUGACCGUUUUUAUACUCUUUAACAUAGUUUUAAUUAUAAAAUAUUUAUUGUUUUGUAAAUAAAUUUUAAAAACAAA